GAAAAGAGGAGGAGCGAUUGCAGGCGGUCGGACGGACGACUGAGGUAGGACUGGAGUCGGUUCGGGAGCGCAAAGGCGGACCAAGCACCACAGCGCUGCCUCUGCCGUUGUGGCACAGUUUUUUGGCUCCAGAUUUCCAGCUCACAUCUUCCCUGUGCUAGCGGACUUUUAAAAAAAGUAGUGUUGGCACCACAUCGAGGCGUGGAAGAGGAGCGGACUUGUUUCUUUUGCAGUUCGGGACACGUGAAAAAAUCGCGGCAACAUCGCCUGACGACGCCACUGUUGGCAGCAAUGGAAGUUGUUGUGACGGAAGAGAAGAAGAAGAUAUUCCGCGCCAGGAAAACCAUGAAGAUCAGUGAUCGGCAGCAACUGGAAACCCUUCACGGCACUCUAUUCACUGCAGCCUCGAGUUCGUCCGAACCUUCUCCUCCACCCCCUCUAAUGAACGGCUCGCACAAAGAGGAUGGACAAAAGGACAUGGAGCAAAACAGCCACCAGGACUCAAACUCCCCCAUCGCUACAUCCCCCGCCUCUAUGACCUCUCUGAGUUCUCCUGCACCAUUUCUUUCGCUCAAUCUGUCCCCCUCACCAGUACCUUCCCAAAGUCCAAAAGAAAAGGACGAGCCUUUUUCAGGGCCUUCGUCACCAUUCCAAACAAUAGACUUUGAACAGAAAAAGGAGGAGAAAAAUUCACCCUCAUUGCAGGAGACCUCUGAAGCAGCAGCAGCAGAAUCCAAAGAGCCGCAGGACUCCACCAAGGUAUUGGAAAAGCCAGAGGAGGGCCAAACCCCAGCAGAGAAAACUGCUAAUGAAUCCAUUAAGGACUCUGCUAAAGGAUCCGCUUCUUUGCCUUCGAAGUCUGAUGGCACUGUCCCAAUGGAAACGAACGCUACCGUGGCUGAUGGCGCAGCCCAAAUCAAGUCUCCAAGUACCAAUUCCUCCAUUCCUCCGGCCUCUCCAUCCGUGGAUAUAAAACAGGACAAGGACAUAAAGCGAGAGACGAGCAAAGAUCAGCAAAAGAAAAACGUGCUAAAGCAAGACAAGAUGGAGGUUACCGUUGUUAAAGUGGAGGCCAAAAAAGUCAAAACGGACAGUGAGCAGUCUUCGAAGCCGCCGCGCCCAUCCUCCACUCCGCCGUCGGGUACUGCGUCAGAGAAGAAUUGUUCUUCUGGAAUCAAGCGCACUUUGUCGGAGGGCUUUGACAAAGAGGGCCAGACGAUGAAACGGGACGGGAAGAGACCAAAGAUGGAUCAAGGCGAGUUGGAGGCUCAGCUGGAACUCAAGAUCACAGCUAAAGCUGGCAGUCAUCACAAGCUUGAGAAGAUUGUGCAACAGUUAGUGGGUGAACGGUUGAAGGCACUUGAGAUGGCAAUUCUUGAGGAAGGUUUCCAGGACUUGAAAGGCAGAGUUGACAAAAUUGAAUGUGCCACAAAGCACCAAAUGGCCAUCCACUCUCUCCAAGCCAAGAUAGCUCGACUGUCCAAGAAAUUUGGGGAAGCCAAUCAAGCAUCAGAAAACAAAAGAAAACACGAGGCACUUGUUGCUUCUUCGGCUAUCGCUGCUGCCGCCGCCGCCGUUGCCUCUGCUGCUGCUACUACCACCAAAACACCGGUUAUAAACACUCAAGUUCAACGGCCAGUCCGGACACCCAUGGAGUUGAAGCAGAUCCCAACAACAGCUGUUACUUUACCCCAUACUGCUGCAAAAUCCAGCUCGCUUGUUCCAACCUCAGUCUCCUCCACUACGGCCAUGGUUUCCCAGGCCCCCAUCAUAAAGCUGAUCACUUCAUCCUCCAAUGCCGUCUCUACCUUGGCAACCGGCAUCACCACUCAGAGUCCUACAGGCGCCUUAUUGCUGAAGACGGCACCCGGGAGUAGCAUGAUGAGCGGCCAGCCGCUCAUCAUACAGCUGCCUGUCUCCAUGGCAAACGGCCAGACGGGAACACUGGUCAACUUCCCCGUGUCCUCGCUGCCUACGGCGAGCGCGCUCAAUAAGAACAAAACCACUGCUUCGACUACAGCGUACAUCCUCCAGCCGGCUCCUGUCACCACCACUGCUGCGGGUUCUAUUCCAACCCCAAUCACGGUGCCAGCGCUCCAGGCUCCCCCUAGCCAGAUGUCCUCCGGCCAGCUCUCACUUACCCGAGCCGUGUACCAGGGCGGCGCUGGGUCCAUAACUACCCCCAACGCCGGAGUUUCUGUGACCCCAGCCAGGAGCCUGAUUUCCACUGUGUCUGUCGCCGGAGCCAUGUCUACGGCAUCUUCGUCCUCAACAUCGGUUCCGGCAGCAACAGGUUCCGCAGCUCCAGGACCUCCGCAAGGGACAUCUUUGACUUCCAAAACAGAGAACCAAGCCGCGGGAACCACUCCAUCCAAAGCAGUUGUUCCAGUAGCCCGCGCCAAAGGUGCUGUCAUUGAUCUCACUGAGGAUGAUGAUGAUGUGCAGGUGACAGGAGUGAAGGUGGCUACGAUUCAAAGUCCCUCGCUGACCCAGCGUCCAAAUCCAAUCAACAUUCUAAACAGUGCAGCGGCCAGGUCAUCCCCACAAAGCAGCCAGAGUGCAUCCAGCAGUAAUUCAUUCGUGCAAAACCGCCCCCAACUGUCCAACACCACUUGCGUGUACAAAGACCCUGAACUGGCACCUCCCAAGAGACACGCAUACGACGCCGAGUUCAAACUCAAGACUCUCAGCUACGCAGCCAAACACGGGAACAGAGCAGCUGCGAGAGAAUUCAAGGUAAAUGAAUCAAUGGUACGCAAUUGGAAGAAGCAAGAAGAUAAUCUGUCCCGAGUAAAGAAGACACAAAAGAGUUUCCGUGGGAACAAAGCAAGAUGGCCUCAGCUGGAGGACAAACUGGAACAAUGGGUUGUUGAACAGAGAUCUGCAAAUAGAAAGGUCUCUACAGUCAGUAUUCGGAUGAAGGCAACAACGCUAGCACAGGAAAUGAACAUCGAUGAAUUUCAUGGCGGUCCGUCAUGGUGUUUUCGGUUCAUGAAAAGACGUAAUCUCUUAAACCGCAAACAAAGUGCCAUCUCGCAGCAAGUGCCAAAAGAUUGCCAAGAAAAGGUGUCCACGUUUCACGCAUACUGCCAAACAAUUAUCACUGAAAAAAAAAUCCAGCCAGAACACAUCACCAAUAUGGACGAGGUAGCACUCAGCUUUGAUAUUCCUCUGAACGACGCUGUGGAGAAAACAUCCUUCACUGUAGUUCUCGCCUGCCAGGCCAAUGGGAACAAACUUCCACCAAUGGUUAUUUUUAAGAAGAAGACCUUGCCAAAAAAAGACUUUCCAGCCGGCAUCGUCAUCGAAGCGAACUCGAACGGAUGCGUGGAUGAGGACACGAUGUGUGCGUGGCUUCGAGAAAUUUAUGUCAAGAGACCGGGUGGCUUCUUCCACAUUUCUCCGUCCUUAUUGAUUUACAACUCCACUUGUGCUCAUCUUACCGAUGCUAUCAAAAAACAAGUGAAGAAAACUAAUUCGGAUCUUGCCGUCAGUCCGGAUGGAUCAAGUAAAGAACUCCAGCCGCUAUCUAUUGGUGUCAACGGUGCAUUCAAAGCGAGAAUGCAAGCUGCGUGGAAGCAGUGGAUGGCAGAAGGCGAACACACGUCCGCCAAGACAGGGAGACAGCCCCAGGUGACUUGUGCCACUAUCUGCCAGUGGAUCGUGGAUGCCUGGGCUGAUAUAUCAAUCUCGACUGUGGUCCGAGCUUUCACCAAGGCAGGAAUAAUCAGUGAAGUGCCAGGAAAUAGCAGCGACGAUGACUUGGAUAAUGACGAAAAGGAGCUGGACACAUUGGUUGCCACACUCACCGAAUUGUUAAAUUGGGACAUGGAAGAAGAAGAAUUUGAAGGAUAAGUGGACAGGGUAUGAACUGAAAAAAAGAGCACUACAUCUUAUGUAACGGUACAAUGUAGAGUUAUGCACAACCGUAUCAGACUGUUUCUUUGACGUGUUUACAACUGCACAAAGAACUUACUUUUAUACCUAAGUUGAACAAUUUCGAGAGUUACUAUAUUCUAAAUGCAAUAACGGGAUUGCAAUAAUAAGGGAAAAGUUCUCCUCCACUUUUGACUUAGCGCAUUCACAAUACGUUUGAUUUAAACGUCAACUUGCAUUCCAAUUAUUGUGUGGUAUUAAUAAAGUUUGACGGAAUGACCUA